AUGUCCUCGCGCCGCCGAAAACGAAACGGAUGCAGGGGCAUCGCGGCGGCUGCGGUCUCGACGCGUUGGGGUGCGAGCCCCGAACCGCGCGGCGCGGGGCUUCGAAGUGGGCCGCGCGCUUGCUUGUCUCUCCCCGCUCCGGGGGGCGUAGCGCGCUUCGUAUGCACGCGGGGUUGUUGCGCGGCAGGGUUCGCGCGUGCGGUGCGGUGGGCGCGUGCGGUGCGGCGAGAACUAGAGACGUACAGAUGCAUGUACGUACGCCGUGCUCAGAUCAGAGCGCAUAUGCGUUGGAGGCCGGGGUCGGUGUUCAAAGCGGACGAGAAGCAGGGCGUGAUUUUCAAACGGGACCCUAUUGCUUCAUUUCGGGUAAGGGAUGCGCAGGGACACAGGCGCGCGACGGGGUGCGGAGGCCUGCGGGGCCUGUACGGAAGAAAGGCCGUGUACGAGCGGGCGAGGGCAGGGACGGGGAGUGUUGGGCAGGAUCUGCGCUGGGGUGGGCUUGGCGGGGAGAGACGCGGACGGUCGCGAGGGCAGGGAUGGGACUGGGUGUUCGCCCGCGAUGGCGAUCGAGGCGGGUGCGACGGCGGGGUUACGUGGGGGUGUGCGGGGUAUGCGGGGCGUGCCUGGAGAGACGAAAGGGUCGAUGUCCGCGCCGGGGAGGAGGGCUGGCGGGUGCCGGACGCGCCUCGAGUGCCCUCGCUUGCCUUGCCCUGCUCUUCCUCUGCUCCUGCUCCUGCUCCUUCUCCUGCUCCUGCUCCUGCUCCAUCUCCCCGCUCUCGUCUGUCCUGUGCUGCAGCGCACCCUUCGCCGAGCAUGUCCUUCUUCCCCGCAUCCGCAUACAAACCCCAGAUCCGCCAGGAAGGCUUCCAUCUCCCGUCCCCGCCCCCCUCCAACCCGUCUCCCCCGCCCAACAACAACCCAAACUCCGCGAACCCGUCCGGCGGCGCGUUCGACCCCGCCCUCUUCAUGCCCCACUUCCUCAGCGACCCCUACGCCUCCCGCAAGGACCACGCGGCUCAGAGCGGGCCCAGCAUGGACUUUGGCGACGAGCUCGCAAGCCUCAUGGCCCACUCCCCGCCUCCGCCCCCGCAGCACCACCACCAGAGCCACGAGCGCUCCACCCACUCCCCAGACACCGCCGACCCCCACCACGCCUCCAACCCCAACGGGAACGGCUACGACUCGGGCUACAGGCACAACAUAUUCGACAUCUCCGCGCCCUCCUUCUCCGCCUCCUCCCACCACCACCACCCCUCCGCGUCCUCGCACAACCCUUUCUCCCUCCACCGCGACCUCCCCUCCCUCGCCCACCCCGCCUCCUUCGACCCCUACACCGCUAACCCCCCGCAGCACUUUAACGCCACCCUCCCCGCCCUCUCCUCCUCCCUCCGCUACGACCCGCACGAUCCCUCCGCUCCCUCCUCCGUUUCUAACAAUAACAACAACAACAGCAACGGCAACGGCAACGGCAGCAGCAACGGCGGCCCGCCCUCGUCGUACCACGGCCUCGACUACCGCACGCACCACACCCCGUCCCCCGUCGGCGCCCUCCCGCCGCACCACCACCCCGCGCACCGCUCGCGCUCGCGCAGCCGUGACACGGGCAUGGGCAUGGGCCUCGGCGUCGGCAUCGGAGCGAUCGAGCCCCCGAGCACCCACGGCGGGCCCGCGCGCACGACGCGCGCCAAGCGCGGCAGCAUCUCCUCGUCCUCGCCCCCGCGCGCGCACGCGCACCACCACCACCACCCCCCGCACGCGAUCCUCAUCCCGGGCGCGCGCGCGUCCUCCGCCGCGGGCUCUAUCGGCGGAGGCGGGGGUGGAUCGACGACGACGACGCCGACGCUGCCCGUGUCGCCGCUCUCGCUGCACGCGCUCUCCGUCUCGGGCUCGUCCUCGUGGUUCGGCCCCGCCCCGGCGUCCGCGAACGGCCACGGCGGGCACGCGGGGCACCACGCACACCACGCGAGCGGGGAGUACAGCCUCCCGACGCCCGAGAGCCUCGGCGGGUUCGCGGGGUUCGGUGGCGGCGGCGGCGGGGGGAUGGGCGUGAGUCCGAAGGAGCUGGGUAGCUUGGGCGGGAGCAUGGGUGGGAUGGGGGAGAGCCCUGGGGCGGGGCUGGGGCACGUGGGCGUCGGGAGCGUGGGGAGCGGCGGGGCGGAUCCGGUGUCGAAGCAAGCGCUCCUCGCGAACGAAAAACGGCGCCGCCGCCGCGAGUCGCACAACGCCGUCGAGCGCCGUCGCCGGGACAACAUCAACGAGAAGAUCUCGGAGCUCGCGACCCUCAUCCCCGAGGCGCUGCUCGAUCCCGGCGCCGCCGCGACGCCCACCUCGCCCACAGCCGAGGACGUCCUCUUCGGCAACCUCUCCCCGAUCGCGAGCGCGAGCGCCGCCCCCGGUGCGUCCGGGUCCUCGGCGUCGCCGAAGGACGAGGACGGCACACCUGGCUCGGCGCCCGCUGGCUCCAGCGCCGCUGCAAGUGCUGCGAGUGCCGCGGCAGCGGCGGCGGCGGCGGAUGGGGCUGUCAAGGCGAAUAAGGGGAUGAUUUUGAGGAAGAGCGUGGAUUAUAUACGGUACCUCCAGCAGCUCGUCUCGGCGCAGGCGACGCGCAAUCGCGAGCUCGAGGCGCAGCUGCAGGGCCUGCGGCAGUCGCACUCGCCACAGUCGCACUCGCACUCGCACUCGCACUCGCAGGCGCGCGCGGGGUCGAAGGACGGCGAGGGGGACAUGAUCCUGCACGAGGAGAUCGCCGCGCGCGGACGCGGGCACGGGCACGGGCACGGGCACGGGCAUGGGCGGAGCGGGAAGGCGGCGCGCGGGAAGCGGUACCGUGGGGAGCUCGCGGGCGUCGUCGAGUCUGCCGAGGGCGAGGGCGAGGGCGAGAACGACGAGAGCGGCGAGAGUGCCGAGAGUGCCGAGAGUGGUGGUGGGCGCGGGGCGGACGGGGCGGGUGAGGGUGAGGGUGAAGGCGAGGGCGAGGAUGUGGACGCGAUGGACGUGGAGGAGGGCGAUCUGGAGAUGGUGGAUGGGGACGAGGAGGGGAGCGCGAGCGCGAGUCCCGGUGGGAUGGGGAUGGACGAGGACGGUCCGGGGGCGGGAGCUGGGGCGGGGGCUGUGGAGAGGGGGCGGAGGCGCGAGCGCGAGCGGGGUGUGAAGGUGAAGGAGGAGGAGGGCGGCAUGCGGUCGUAG